CGCUAGGGAUGAAGACUCUAUGGCAGGCGUUGCUGCGCGCGGCGGCGGCGGCAGACGCGUUUGUUAGCAACGGCGGACGUCUCGCGGGAUUUGGGAGCGUGUUUUCUUUGCGCGGGAAGAGGAAGGAGCGUUUGGAGCUUGCGGAAUGGAGGUGGUGUCAAAUGGGUGUAAAAUGGUGUUCCCGGAACGUGCCACUGAGCUCUUCAGAGGUGGUUGUUUGAUUCGUUUAGCAAGGAGACGUUUAGCAAGGGAUUCAGAAGCUGGGAAGGCAUAAUUUGAUAUUGCCAAGUGCACAUACUAACAGCACGGCGCUGGGACCUCUGACAAUUAAAAUUCGGCCUAGCAAAUCACAGGGUUUGUUUACAAAGCUGAUAAUUAAGCUAAGGCUGCAGCCUUGAAACACUUGGGAGCAAGCCCUAUUGGAUUCAGUGGGACCUACUUCUGAGUAAACAAUAAUUUCCAAAAAGAUUUUGGUGAUGUACAGAAUUGGUCCUGACUAAUUUUUUGUAAUUUGAUAGAUACCAGCGUGCUGGAUAUUUACAGAACACAAAGAUGUACAGUCUAACUUGGCUUGGAUCCAGAAUUAGCUUUGUGUUUCAUCCAGUCUGCCUUCUUGAAACAAAGGGCUUUUUGUGUGGGAGAGAUGCAGAGACAAGGAUUUGCAUUAGUUUGAUUUUAGCCAAUGCUGAUAAGAACUGAAAGUUUUUAGAAACAGACUUGCCCAUCAGACACCACAAAUGAAGAACUCAGUGGGGAAAACUGCUGCACACCAGAAGCCCCACAGCAGAGCUCAUACUGAUUUGUAUUGUUUUUCAAUGCCUGCUAAAGCCUUUUUCUUUAGACAAGCAUGUAUUAAUUUGAUCCUUCACAAUAAAAUGAAGUUGUACUUUUUAGUUUCAGCAGUUCCAUUUCUUGACCUCUUAUACAGUGAGUGAUGGCCGCAAGUCUCAGCACUGUUGAUUUAGAACACAUUCCUGAUUCAGGAAUAUUGCAGCCAGCCUAGUACUGAUAGCUGGCACUGAUCUUAAUAGCUCAUGAAACAAACUCCUAGACAAAAGUGAUCUUGUAUAGUAAUGCUGUUAAAGUUAUGUAUUACUGUAUUGCAUUUGCAUAUAAAUAAAAUCUAACAAAAAAUCCAACAGAAACAAGAUCCCAAAGACAACAUGUUUCUGAAUAAAAACAACAGGACUCUGUGACCCCUUAAAAGGCAACCAUCUUAUUGCAGCAUGAUGAGUAUUUGAUCAGCCUACUUUGUAGAAUAGAUCAUCAGGUGUAUGAAGCAGACACGCAGCUCAGAGGUCUGUACAAAAUAUCCCCGUGAAAACAUUGUGUUGAAUCUUUCAGCAGGAUUGUCUGAGCUGCAGGUGCAAGGGCAACACGUGCUUUUCCUGCUGUAGCCAAGUGCAUCUUAGUGUAAUCUCCUUUGCCUUAAUAAAUCUAGCUUAGGGCAUCAUUGUAGGGCUGGAGAUAUCAGAAAGCAAACAGAAAUCCCGGGAGAAGAGAACAGAGCCUAUCUCCAGAAAAGAUGCUAGUUUCGCCGAUGGCUGAGAGAAACAAGGAAACCAUCCUUGAGGUGCUGGCUGACUAUGUGGAUGACACAAGAUCAGCUUUUGGGCUUGAACUGGGAUCUGGCACAGGACAGCAUGUGGUGCACUUUGCCCAGGCCUUGCCCACGGUCAUCUGGCAACCCUCAGAGAUCAGCCCAGCUUCUCAACAGAGGUAUACUGGGGCCUGUGGUGACAGCAAGGGAUGGGUGUUGUAGUAGUGUGUGGACCAUGCUUUCCCUUGGCCCCAGCAGAAUGUUGGCACAAAAUCUGCACUAAAAAGAACUGGCUCUUAGUCCUUGUUUAUAGUCAACCAAAAGGGACUGUCAAAAACCAUAUGGCAGCUUGUGUUCAGUAGACUGGAAAUGCCUUUCCAAGAAAUAGCUAGACUGUUCUGCAUUGGACAGAUCCUAGCUGUGCAUAUAUUCUUGGUAAGAAAGACUUGCUGCUGAAGCAGUAACGGCAUGUGUAUAUUUCAGCGGAAUAGUGAGAACUUCUUGGUGGCAAUCUGUCUUAGACUAUAGAAUAAUCUGGCAAUAAAACAGUAUAUGCCAAGGUAGAUGCAUUUUUUAAAAACUUGGCUUUAAUACCUGGUGUUGCUUUGACUACUUAGCCUGGGUCUGUGGAUUGUUGGUAGAUUAAAAUUAUCAUGGUUAAUACUACAGUUAAUAUUACAGUAUGAGAAAUGAGGAUUAUUUUUUUUGAGUUGUGGUAUGACAAACAUGAACAAACGGUUGGCGAGCGUCCAAGGGGUUUUCCAGACGUUCCUUCAUUACAUUUUAUUUUAUUGUUAGCUAUUCCUGAAAUUUACAAUUUGCAAAACAUGCACAAGGGUGAGGAUAAAAUUGUAACAGCAUUUCGUAGGUGGCAUCUUGGCCUGCGCAAAAAUCAUCUGGCGCAAACAGCUUAAGUCAACAGAUGGAGUAAAGAGGGUGUUGUGUGGGGUAUUCCUUUUCAAAUAGCAAUAACAUUUCUAAUAGUCAUUGCUCACCAAGAGGUGUUGGGAGGGAUGAGGAAGAAACUGAAGGGCAUAAAAUGGCAUGGGAGAUUGUGCCAGUGUGCUGUAUUGCUUGUCGCUAGCGUCACAUACACAUGUAAUUGAGUGCCUGUGUCAUUUACACUGACCAUAAUUCACAGAGCAGUCACAUCUGAAAUCUUAGCACUGUCACUUGGAAAAAUCAUAAAAAUGUGUCCACCCCUUUAACUUGGAGAAUCAAUGUUGGAUGCAUAUAUCAUACCCUUGUCUAGCCUUUCUCUGGUUCAGAGAAAGAAGUUACAUACAUUUCCCACUAGCAUCCUACUAUAUUACCUGACUGUAUUUCAAAGCCAGUGCUGCUUUUUUUGUGGGGCCAGGAUGAAGGAAACUGGAGAAAGUAACUCUCCCCUUUUUUUAUUAUGGCUUUACACACAAAAAUAAGAAUCUUCCAUCUUUUCCCACAGCAUCUCUGCUUACAUCCAAGCCACCAAGGUGACCAAUGUCCGAGAACCCCUUGCCAUAGAUGUAACACAGCCAUGGGACCAGUGGGCUGGCUUGAGUCAAGGCUGUUGUGACUUCAUCAUUAUAAUUAACCUGCUGCACAUGACUGAUCAAGGCCUGGAGGUAUGACAAAGCACUUAGGUCAAUAUUAUGGAAACUGACCUCUGCAAAGGAUCUUAUUCAACAGAUAACCUUUUGCGUUACAGGGAAUGUUUAAAGGCAUAGGACAACUGCUGAAACCUGGAGGCAUUUGCUUGGCCUACGGGGUGAGUAUAGGAAAACCAUCCAUUACAGCUUAAGCUCAGUGGGAAGGCAAUCACAGGCAAAGUCCGCUUUGCCAGGAUUCCCCAUCUGACCUGCAAGGUCAUAUUUCAUUACAUCUAGGUAUGGGUUGGGGUAUGCCAGGAGUCUUGAUUUGUGCAGCUCUCAAAGUGCCUGACCACCAGCUUGUUGUUGGGAGCCUUUGAAUUGAUGCGCAAAACAGGAGCCCCAGGAUCACUCUCCCUCCACAUCAGCCAACAGGAAGGCGAGUGCUUCUGCUUAUUGCUCUGCUCGGAUGCGUAAGAGUUUUGUGCACCCAAGCCCAGUGCUAAGCAGUAUCCACCACCGUCCCUACAUCAACUUGAUGGAAAAGGAGAACCUCAAGGUUGGAAAGCAGCUCAUAUUUUGAUUCAGGUCUGCCACAAGACUUCUUGCUCUUCCGCAAACGUGCUCAUGAGUCUUACAGCACAACGCCUCCUGCGAAGCAAAUCCUACUGAAUUCAAUGGGGCUUGCUCAAGGGUCACUGAUGUUAGGUUUGUUGCCUUCGUUCUAGACCUUUGCCCUAAGAGCCCCAUAGAAUGCUGGCCUGGUGUUAAUUCCCUCUGCUUCCACUCCACAGCCCUUCGCCGUUAAUGGGAUCAUCCUCCCAGAGUGCAAUGUGCAACUGGAUAACAUGCUCCAGGCCAGGUAUGUUAGAGCUGAAGGACAGGAUUCCAUCUCAUCUCCCUUGUGGUGACCACCAAAGGCCUAGUGAGGUCAAGGCAGGAUGGGGAAAGGCUACUUGGAAAUUUCCCCUUGAUUUAUUUCCUCACUAUUUACAUGUUGUGUAGUAGCAUGGAAGAUGGACAACAGGGCAAGAUUUUGUGUUACAUGAUGAAGACGAGCUACAGGCAGAGACCGUGUUUAGCCUUUAGCCUACUGUUUCUCCUCCUUUAGGAAAGGGCCUAAGGAUUUCGUUGUGACGAGGCCAUGUUCUACUUUUAACACAUUAUGCUCUUAAAAUGGCAGAAAUCCUGAGUGGGGACUGAGAGAUGUGGAGGAGCUUCGUCAACUGGCAAACACUAAUGCACUGCGGCUCGAGCGCAUGGUAAGAGGCUGAGGUCAGCCUACAACAUUGUAGGGAGCAAUGAAAUAGAACUGCAGAAACCACAACCACCAUUUCCCACUCUUGCUCUUUGUUUCCUGGGAAGGGGGAUCCCACCAGCUCUGCAGUUUUUCCCAUAGGCUUCCAUUUUGCUCAUCCUCCCUCAUGCAAUGACUCAGCGCCUAUUUUUCUUCCUUAGCUGGAGAUGCCUGAAUACACCAAAUGUUUGAUCUUUCGGCGGAGGGAGUUAUGAUCUCUGGCUACGGAAAAGUCAAAGGAGGACUGCCCUAUUUAUAUGGAUGGGUGUGGAAAUUAAAUUAAGAAAAAGAAA